AUGUCGCCUCCCCGCCGCCGUUCAUCUCGGCUGGCAGCUGUUGGUUCUGCUGUUAAGCCAAGGGCCACUUCCGAGCUGUCCUCCGUCGCGGAGACCGAUGGUACUAUUCAGCAACCCGCCUUCAAGUCGCCCAAGCCCAACGGAAAGAAUGCAGACCUAGGGCGCGAUGUACCCAGAACCCCAAAGACGGCUCCUCGACCUGCGCCUUCUCACGAAGAAAUGCACCCUAGUCAAUACCACAAGACUACCAUGCCAGAGCCUUCCUCCGAUCUGAGGCUGGGAUUCUCGGAGAUUCGACCUGGUAACAUGGACAUCCCUGGCGUAGCGCAGGCAACGCCGACACGCCUGCGGAACGUGCCGGCUACAGACUUCACCUUUCGUUUCUCCAAGGAAGGACCUCAGAUGCCACUGAGCGAGAACGCACAGCGUCUGAUGAAAGAGCUUCGUGAGCAAGCGAAUAAGAUCAAGGCCGACCUGAGGGCGCAGCGAGAGGCGGAGACAGAGCUCGACCAGGAGAGGAAGAUAGCCCAACCCAAGGGCAAGUCUAGUCGCUUCAGUGCAGCGCACAUGCGCGAGUUCAAGAAGAUGGACUCCAUUGAGAACCAUGCCUCGGCCUGGCGCGCUCAGCGUACUACCCCAGUCAAGGUUGGCAGCCAACACUCGCCGGCCAAGUCGAACACGGAGGGCACACCUACCACACCCACAGUCAAGCCCAGCCUGAAGCGUACACUGUCCAAGACCAGCUUGCUUGGCACGCCCCAGGCACAAGUCAAGUCAAGCCUCAAGCGCACAUCCUCGCACGCUCAGCUUGAUGAUGCUGAUUCCCAACGGUCUGCUGGCGCAUUGCAGCGUAACACUCCCAUGGAUGAACCCAAGAGCACCUUCGCCAAAAGAGUUAAGAAGCUUCGCGAUGACGAUACUUCCAAGUCCCGACCCACGUCUCGAGAUGGAAGCACCAUUCCUCGCCCAACUGGCACACCUUCCAAGAGCACGUCCUCUGGUACGCCCGGUGGGGACACGCCUAGCAGGACAGCAUCAACUAUCUCCCGUUUGACAAGUCCGACCAAGGCAUCUCUCGGGCACUCUCUGCAACCAAAGAAGUCUACCAUCUCUCUGGUAAACACAUCCCCAGUGAGCGAAGCAAUCACCUUGCCGAAACCGAGAAGCACAACCAACUUCGGCACCCCCCUGUUCAAGGCGAACGAAAUCCGUCGCAGGGUUAUCAGCCCCGUUCGCUUCGAGAACGUAAAGUCCAUUCUGCGUGGCCAGAAGUCGGUUGCCAGGGAGGCGCGCACCGCCCUGCCCAAGCCCUCUGUGCCAGUCUCCAAAACACCUGGUCCGACCCGAACGGCAGACAGGGAGCUUCCUCCAGUGCCUCUCACCACGCCUCGCCGUAGGCUUGUGAAGCACGUUGCCUUCACACCGGACACCAAGUAUGCUGCGGAGACUCCGAAGAGUCCUUCGCCUCAGAAAUUUGGCCAAUCCACUACGGCGCGGGCCGGGCACUACAGCUCCAUGGACAGUGUCCUUGCUGGAUCCAAGUCCACAGAUACGGUUGUCUAUCCCGACCUGUCAGCGUUCAAGGACAUUGUGGAAGCAGGUACCUCGGAGCGGAAGAGCCCCAAACCUUCUGCCCCCGGUACCUUCACUUUUCGUGCUGACCAUACAAUUGACUUUGGCGCGUCCUCACCCGCUGGCUUCGGCGCUCGACGUGGCCAGGCCAGUAUCCGCCAGGUCGAUGCUUCCUCAGCGCCCAAGGACCUCCCGGGAAGCUUCCCGGAGCCUUCCUCGCCAAGUGCCGACACAAACAAGGAGAACAAGGCUCCGACUCCGAUGAGGAAGACCAUUCCGCAUGGAAUAGCCAACAAGAAGCGUCACCGUGCCGCCUCUGACGACGAUGCUAACGAGAAAGAGGCUGAUGAGCGCGCUGGGAAAAGACGCAAGGCUGCGGCUCAAGGCAGCAAGACUGGUCCGGCUCGUCGCAUUGUCUCAACCCCACUUUCCAGUGCCAAGAAGCUGGCGCCAGGCCGUACCCCGACCAAGCCGCCUUGUUCCGUGAGUCCAAUCAAGAAGGGUGGCCUCAGCCUGAGCCGCCUCAACAUGCUGGCGCGCCCCAAGAACCGAACCUAG